AUGGACACACCGAUUUCUGCAUCCAAUCAGACGGCCACAGUCGUCAAGCCCCAGCAGCCUCGGCGCGUGCUGGCGUGCGUGCUCUGUCAGCAACGCAAGAUCAAAUGUGACCGCACAUUCCCCUGCACCAACUGUGUUCGAGCCCACGUACAAUGCGAGCAAGCCACUCGCCAGCGACGGCGCAGAUUUCCCGAGAAAGAGUUGUUGACCCGUCUGCGACUCUAUGAGAGUCUCCUCCAACAGCACAACAUCAAGUUCGAUCCCCUCCACACUCCGACCGCUGAUCAUCGGUCUGCCAGUGACGAUGGCCGCGACGACCUGCCAGAGGGGGCCGAGUCGGAGGGCACUUUUGGUGAGAGAGAGAAGCCCGCCGUCAAGACCAAGUCAUUGUAUGAAUUCGGGUCCUGCAUUAACUCACUUAUUAGUGGACGACUAAUUCUUGUAAAUCGUGGGGACGACGAUGGCAAUAACGGCGAGGACGACGAGCAUGACACCGGUUUCCUGCACGAUACCGAUGAUGUGCGGCCCGCCGUGAUCCAGAAGGCGUGGAACCACACGUUUCAAGGUCAAAACAACGACCACCUCCUCUUUGGCUCCCCGGUAGGCACCGUCAAUCUUUCCGCUUCGCAUCCAAGCCAUGUGCACAUCUUCCGGUUGUGGCAGGUCUACCUGGACAAUGUGAACCCGCUGCUCAAAGUCACACACACCCCCACCUUGCAGACACGGAUCAUUGAUGCUGCCAGUGAUAUCACCAACAUCAGCCCCACCUUAGAAGCGCUGAUGUUCAGCAUCUACUGCGUCUCCCUUCUGAGUCUCUCAGACGAGCAAUGCCGUGCAUUGUUCGGAAGCGCAAAAAAAGAACUCUCGACCGGCUAUCAGUUUGCGUGCCAGCAGGCGCUACGAAGUUGCUCUAUUCUACGCUCCAGCGACCGCGAGUCUCUGACUGCCCUAUAUCUGUACCUCGUUUCCAUUCGCCCGGACACAGAUCCCGCAUCCCUGUCCUCACUGCUGAGUGUCGCAAUCCGAAUCGCCCAACGCAUAGGCAUCCACAACGAGUCAACAUACGGCAAAUGUUCCGCGUUAGAGACGGAAAUGCGCCACCGGCUGUGGUGGUCGCUCAUCAUCUUCGACAACCGGAUCUGCGAGAUGUCCGACGACAAGACAGCAUCGCUGGCGCCGACCUGGGACUGCAAGGUGCCGCUCAACGUGAACGACUUUGAGCUGCAGCCGGAGAUGAAAACGCCCCCCGCCCCCAACAACCGACCCACGGAGAUGCUGUUCGCCGUGGUGCGGAGCGAGCUGGCCGAUUUCGUGCGCCACAGCGCAUUCCAUCUCAACUUCACCAAUCCCUCUCUCAACACGAUCGCCACGCGUCUCACCGACGAAACCGCGCAACUGGUCUCCCUGGAACGAGCCCUAGAGGAGAAAUACCUGGCCUUCUGCAACCCGGAGAACGCCCUGCACUUCAUGACCCUCUGGACCAUGCGGGGGUCCCUGGCCAAGAGCCGGCUCCUGCAGCACUACUCCCAAUGCUCCAACACCUCGGUGCCACCGACCGACGCCCAGCGCAACACGGGCAUUGCGCACGCGCUGCGCAUGCUCGAAUGCGACACCGAGCUCAUGACCUCGCCGCUCACGCAGGGCUACCGGUGGCUGGUGCACUUCCACUUCCCGUUCCCGGCGUACAUCCACCUGCUGCAGGACCUAAAGAAGCGGCCCGUCGAAGCCCACGCCGACCGCGCGUGGGAGGCCAUGAGCGACAAUUACGCGGUGCGGAUGAUGGACGCCAGCCAGGACGAUCGGCCGUUCUUUAUCGUCUUCUCGCGGAUUGUCCUUCAGGCGUGGGAGGCGCGGGAGAAGAUGGCUGUGGCAGCCCAGCUCGAGACGCCGCCGCCGGUGCCACCACGGAUGGUUGUGGAUAUCCGGGAUAAGGUGAUGCAGAUGACGGCGAGUUUCGGGAUGGAUGCGGCUGCUGCGGUGGAGUCGGGUGGGGUCGUGGGGGUCAAAGCCGGGGAUCUCGACAUGCCUAUGCAGAUGGACUUCGCUGCGCCGGAGAUGGCGUACGGCGCUGGCGGGCACGGCGCGACCGGGUUGGAACCGUGGGGCUGCCUGGAUAUGGCUGGGCCGGCGGCUGGGGACGUGGGUGCAAAUCAAUUCCUGUUGAAUACCAUGGAGUGGAAUGCGCUGCAUGCUCGAGAUAGGUGA